AUGUCGUUAUCCUCGACCCACAGCAUCAAGAAUGAUGAGCCAUCCUUUAAAGACAUGGUCUAUAAUUAUGAUUGGUCAUCUACUUUGCUUGGCCCUAUGGAUUCAUGGGAUCCUGUAAUUAAAAAUGUUGUGAAUUUGUGCCUCAAUUCUGGGUUUCCAACCUGUCUCUUUAUCGAUUCCCCUCAUUGGACAGAAAUAUAUAAUGAAGCUUGGAUACCAAGAUUAAAAGUGAGACACCCAUUCGCAUUCGGAAAACAACUUGACCAAGCUUGGCCUGAAUUAUAUGAUCUCUUUUUUGCUCGAUUAGAAAAUAUAAAAAUAACGGGUAAAGGCCAAAGUUAUAUUGAUGAAUAUGAAUUACAACGCGAUGGAUAUAAAGAAGCAGCCUACGCGAAAUAUACAUUUAGUCCAAUUUUCAAAUCAGAUGGCACGGUUUGCGUUAUAAUGUGUGUGUUACAAGAAACUACUCAAAAGUUUUUAAGUAUCCGAAGGUUAAAAACACUUAGUGAAUUUGGUUGUCGGAUUUCUGAAAUUAAGUCCUUAGAAAGUGCUUGUCGUAUUGUUACAAAAAUAUUAAGUAAUAGUGUUGAUAUUCCUUAUGCUUUAAUUUACUUUGUCAAUCAUAAAUCAAAUACUGCUGAACCUCUGAUCGCCCGUCUGAUCGCUAGAACCUUUGAUGAAGAUGGUAAAAAAGAAGGCCAAAAUUUUGAUUAUUUACCAGAUUCUCCCGAAAUAAUUUACUUAGCUAAAGAGGCUAAUAAGGAUUACGACACAUACGUAGAAAUAAAACGAGCAGAUACAACUUAUUCUUUCUUGAAAUGUGAUACUUGGCCAAUUAACCUUGUAAUAAAGGAAGGAAAACAUGUAAAAGUUCUUUUAAAAGAUGAAUCCCAAGCUUUUCUCAUAUCAACAAAAAUUUCUCUCUCCGAAGGGCAAGCUUUGUCGGUUAUAUUAAUCUAUGGUAUUAAUCGAUUUCGCGCACUUGAUGAACAAUAUAUAGAAUUUUUGCACUCAGUCACAGAAAAUGUCAAUACAUAUUUACUACAUGGGGUUAAAAUAGAUGAGGAAAAAAAACGAUCUAAAGUGUUGGCUGAUUUAAAUUAUCAAAAAGUCGUGUUUUUUCAAGGCAUCAGUCACGAGCUAAAAACACCAUUAACCUUAAUGCUUUCGCCACUUGACGAUGUAAUUAAUGUAUAUACACAAGAUGCGUCAAUAAUGCCAUAUCUUCAAACUAUUCGACGCAACGCUCAUAGAUUGCUUAAACUUAUUAAUUCUUUAUUACAAUUUUCAAAUAUGGAAGCUGAUAAAUUUGAAGCACAUUAUCGUGAAAUGAACAUAGUUGAAUUUACUCAAGAAUUAGCUUUGGACUUUAAAAUUAUAGCUAAAAAAUUAGGUUUGGAUUUUAAUAUUGAAAUUCCACAUCCAGAGGAAUUUAACCAAAUAAUGGGUGAUAAGAUUUACUUGGAUCAUGAUAUAUACGAAACAAUUAUAUUUAAUCUUUAUUUUGGUUUUAAAGGUUCGAAUGCAUUAAAAUAUACUUGGAAUGGAAGCAUAACGAUUCGCUUAUAUUUUGAUCACAAAGACAAUAAAAAGAUGGUAGUUCUUGAGGUUUCAGAUACAGGUGUUGGUAUUCCAGAAACUUCCCUUCCACAUAUAUUUCAACGUUUUUAUCGUGUAGAAUCUCAAGGUUCACGUAGUCAUGAAGGUACAGGAAUCGGGCUUGCACUUGUUAAAGAACUUAUUACACGCCAAGGUGGUGAUAUUACCGUAUCUUCUAAAGUAAAUCACGGAACGACAUUUAAAUGCUGGUUUCCAAUAAGAUAUGAAAAUUUGCCACCAAAUCAAAUAUACUUUAAUAAAGUUGAAAAUCCAAUAAAUCGUGAUCAGGAAUUAUACACUAAUCGACAGCUUUAUUUAGAAGAAAGUUCUCAAUGGAUAAACAAUAUCUUAGUUGUUGAUGACAAUAAUGAUAUGCGAGAUCAUCUUGCGGAUCUUUUAAAAGAAUUUAUCGUGCAUCGUGCUCGUGACGGCAAAGAUGCUUUACGAGUCUUAAAACAGCUUAACAAAUUACCUGAUUUAAUCCUUAAUGUCAUGAUGCCAAAUAUGAAUGGAUAUGAGUUAUUAGAUGUAUUAAGAUCUAAUGAAACAACUCAACUAAUUCCCAUAAUAUUAUUAUCUGCAAAAGCUAGUGAAAAUUCUAAAGUCACAGGGCUGGGUAAGGGAGCAGAUGACUAUUUAGUAAAACCAUUUUCUGCUCGAGAAUUAAUUACUCGUAUUCGAUCUAAUAUUAAGCUUUCACUUAUUCGUCGUGAAAUAUUAUUUCAAAGAUUUGAACAAGAAAAAACAGCACAAUUAUUACUUUUAAUAUCUAAUAUGAAUCUUUUCGAAUCAGAUCUAAAUAAAAAGUUACUAUACGUCAUUAAAGAAAUCUAUCAAAGAUUACCAUGUGAAAGAAUAUUUAUUAUUUCGAAAGAGCAAUCUAAAUCUAAUAAUAAUAUAGUUGCUUUUUAUGAAAACUCGGAAGGUAUAACACAGAUGGUUAACCCGUUCAUGGAAAUUAAUAAUAGAAAGAAAACUCAAAAAUUCUCUAAAUUACAAGAAUAUUUAAAUAAUAAUUCGGGAAUAGAUAUUUCCUUGGAUGAAUAUUGUGAUGUUGCUCGUAAAAAUGUAUCAGUAUUAUCAGCAAAAAUAGAGUUGAAUAAUGGCUUUUGGGGAUGUAUAAAAGUGCAUCGGUCUCCGAAUUCUAUUUGGCUUGAUCCUGAAAUAGAAUUAUUCCAACAAAUAUCGGAUCAAAUAAGUUUAGCUAUUACCUACACAACAUUAUUAGAAGAUAAUGCAGAAAAAGAAAUUCAAAUAAAAGCUGCUGAAGUUGCAAAAGUUACUAUAAAUCAAAUAUUAGCCAAUACUUCUCAUGAAUUACGAACUCCAUUAAAUGCAAUGAUAGGUAUUCUUUCUUCCUUUGAUAGGUCUACCGUUACAGCUGAUCAAAGCGACAUGAUUGAUAUCAUGGCAUGCACAUCUGAUAUAGUGAUAUCCAUUGUAAACGAAAUUGUUAAUACAGUAAAAUUAGAAGCACAAAAAGUCAUUUUAAUAAAUAGAACAUUUGAUUUAUUAGAAUUAUUUGAAAAUACUAUUGAAGAAUUUGAAAAACAGGCAGGAGAUAAAAAUAUUGAGCUAAUUAUGAAUUGUGAAAUAGAUACAUUGCCGAGAUAUGUCAAGAGUGAUCCUGAAAGAGUUAAAUUUACCAAUCAUGGUAAAAUUAUAUUAACAAUUUCCAUGCAAUCACAAGUUAAUGAUGAAAUAAUAGGAGGUCAGAUCGUUAAAAAAGAAAAUCUAUUGAUUGAAUUAUAUGAUACUGGCACGAGUUUUUCGCAAGGUGACAUGUCAGAAAUUAAAAAACAAGAUGAUACAGGACUUGGCCUCUCGAUUUGUAAAAGUCUUGUAGAACUUAACGAAGGAGAAAUUAAUGUAGAAAGCAAAUGGGAAAAAGGAAAUAAAUUUUGGUUUACUUGGAAUGUUGAGAUAUUAUCAAUAAGUAACUCUCAAUAUGAUGAUUUAAUAAGCAAUUCUAUAAGACAAAAGAGAAUACUGAUAAUUCACCCAGUUGAAGAUGUGAGAAAUGCAAUGCAGAAAUAUCUUAAAAGGAUCAAAAAAGUUGAUGCAUUCGAUACCUUUCAUGAAGGUAUUAUUAGAGUAGCAAAAAGAUAUGAAGAAUUGCAUAAUCGACUUGCUUAUGAUAUAGUAUUUAUUAGCCUUUAUAAAAAUAAUUAUGAAGAGGUCUUGAAGGCAUCAUUAGAGUUAAGAAGAUUAGAAAUUAAUAGAAAGAAUUUAUUAAUAAUAUUUAUAGUAUUUCCGAAUAAUGAAGGAUAUGAUUUGGCAAAAAAAUUAAUCGAAAAA